AUGACGAUGAAAGCCCCUACUAAGCACGGCAAUACGACCGAAUAUCACUACUGGGGUUACUCGUUCCACUGGUCCGAUCUUCAUCGCUCUGAAGAGGAACUCCGGCCCAUGGCUUAUACCUGUGAUACCUUGGCCGAUGAGUGUGUCGAGAUACUGAAUAAGAUCCCCACGGACGGGGACGCGGACAAGCCGUUCCACAAGGACUUUUAUACACUGCUAAAGGACCACGCGGAUGAGAACCCGAAGCUCCAGGAACUAUGGGCACAGGUAAACACAACCCCUGAAUGGGUAGAUUGGAAGCAGAUCCAGAGAGGACAGGAUGUCUUCUUUCGAUAUGGGCUCCCGAUCCUGAACGUGCUCAGCUUCGAAAGCCUUCUAGGCGGGAUGGGCGCAACCCGCGUCGUCGAAACCCUCGCCCGAACAGGCGGCUUCGGCGCAAAAGUCGUCCGCCGCCGCCUCCUCGAAACCCUCCAGCACGUCCUCCAAGUCAACAGCUCAGCCGAAGGCAUGAAACCAGGCGGCGAGGGCAACAUAUCCUCCGUCCGCGUCCGCCUCCUCCACUCCAUGGUCCGCCUCCGAAUCCUAAGCCUCGUCGACCAAAAAGCAGACUACUACGACGUCCAACAAUACGGCACCCCCGUAAACGACCUCGACUGCAUAGGCACCAUAAACACGUUCUGCAGCUCGGUCGUCUGGCUCGGCCUCCCGCGCCAAGGCAUCUUCCUCAGCACGCAGGAGAUCGAAGACUACAUUGCGCUCUGGCGGCUUGUGGCGUGGUACAUGGGUACGCCGACGGAGCCGUUUUCGAAUACGCGACAGGCUCACGCGAUGAUGGAAUCGUUGUUGAUUUCGGAGAUUGAUCCCACGGAGAUCGGGCGGGUGUUGGCGAAGAAUAUUAUUUUGGGACUGGAGAAUACGGCGCCGGCGUAUGCUUCUAAGGAGUUUAUGGAGGCUAUGAGUCGGUUGUUGAAUGGGGAUCAGCUUUCGGAUGAGUUGGAGAUUCCGAGAUCGAGUCUUUAUUAUCGGGUCCUUAUUUGGGGGUAUUGUUUUUGGGUCUCUGGGGUUUCGUAUGUUAUUCCGAAGAUUUAUUUUAUGGAUCGCUUGAUGAUUUCGUUGCGCCGCAAAUACUUCUAUAAGAUGAUUCUGGAUGAGAAGAUUGGCCUUGGGCGGGAAUCGAGGUUCGAUUUCAAGUAUGUGCCGACGCUGGCGCGGACUACGCGGUUGGGACAGAGACGGACAACCAAGUUUGAGAGGCCGGGGGUUGAGACUUUGGCGCGGUUGGGACUUCUCACUGCGCUUACAGCUGUGGUCGCGCUUGGAAUGGGAUUGAUAUUUGCAGCGAGGGUGAUACCGUCCAAUCAGCUAUUCAACGCCAUGCGGGGAUGA